AUGGCCGGGCCGCGGGGCUGCGCGCUGCUGCUGUGCGUGCUGCUCGCCCGCGCCGCCCGCUUCCCCGACUACCCCGACGUGCUGGACGACGAGGAGGACGCCGAGCCCCUGGACUACAAGGACCCCUGCAAGGCGGCCGCCUUCCUGGGAGACAUCGCGCUGGACGAGGAGGACCUGCGGCUCUUCCAGGUGGAGCGCGUGGUGGACGUGCCGCGCCGCACCGUGCGGCGCCUGCCCGCCGCCCACGCAGGCAGCCAGCGAGCCAUCUUCCGGCAGGCCAUGCGCCACUGGGAGAAGCACACGUGCGUCACCUUCCUGGAGCGCAACGACGAGGACAGCUACAUCAUCUUCACGUACCGGCCCUGCGGGUGCUGUUCCUACGUGGGUCGCCGCGGAGGGGGCCCGCAGGCCAUCUCCAUCGGCAAAAACUGCGACAAGUUUGGCAUCGUGGUGCACGAGCUGGGCCACGUCAUCGGCUUCUGGCACGAGCACACACGCCCCGACCGGGACGACCACGUCUCCAUCAUCCGCGAGAACAUCCAGCCAGGGCAGGAGUACAACUUCCUGAAGAUGGAGCCGGAGGAGGUGGAAUCGCUGGGCGAGACGUACGAUUUCGACAGCAUCAUGCACUACGCCAGGAACACCUUCUCCAGGGGCAUUUUCCUGGACACCAUCCUGCCCAAGUAUGACGUGAACGGGGUGCGGCCGCCCAUCGGCCAGCGCACGCGCCUGAGCAAGGGGGACAUCGCCCAGGCCCGCAAGCUCUACCGCUGCCCGGCCUGCGGCGAGACGCUCCAGGACAGCCAGGGCAACUUCUCGUCCCCCGAGUUCCCCAACGGCUACUCCGCGCACAUGCACUGCGUCUGGAGGAUCUCCGUGACCCCCGGCGAGAAGAUCAUCCUGAACUUCACCAGCCUGGACCUCUACCGAAGCCGGCUGUGCUGGUACGACUACGUGGAGGUGAGAGACGGGUUCUGGAGAAAGGCCACGCUGCGAGGCAGGUUCUGCGGGAACAAGCUGCCCGAGCCCAUCAUCUCCACCGACAGCCGCCUCUGGGUCGAGUUCCGCAGCAGCAGCAACUGGGUGGGCAAAGGCUUCUUCGCCGUCUACGAAGCCAUCUGCGGCGGGGAUGUGCGGAAGGACAACGGGCACAUCCAGUCCCCCAACUACCCCGACGACUACCGGCCCAGCAAGGUGUGCGUCUGGAAGAUCACCGUCUCCGAGGGCUUCCACGUGGGCCUCACCUUCCAGUCCUUCGAGAUCGAGCGCCACGACAGCUGCGCCUACGACUACCUGGAGAUCCGCGACGGCAGCAGCGAGGCCAGCAGCCUCAUCGGCCGCUACUGCGGCUAUGACAAGCCCGACGACAUCAAGAGCACCUCCAACAAGCUCUGGAUGAAGUUCGUCUCCGAUGGCUCCAUCAACAAAGCCGGCUUUGCCGUCAACUUCUUCAAAGAGGUCGACGAGUGCUCGCGGGCCAACAACGGCGGCUGCGAGCAGCGCUGCGUCAACACGCUGGGCAGCUACAAGUGCGCCUGCGAGCCGGGCUACGAGCUCGCCUCCGACAAGCGCCGCUGCGAGGCCGCCUGCGGAGGCUUCCUCACCAAGCUCAACGGCUCCAUCACCAGCCCCGGCUGGCCCAAGGAGUACCCGCCCAACAAGAACUGCAUCUGGCAGCUCGUGGCGCCCACGCAGUACCGCAUCUCCCUGCAGUUCGACUUCUUUGAGACCGAGGGCAACGACGUGUGCAAGUACGACUUUGUGGAGGUGCGCAGCGGCCUCACGGCCGACUCCAAGCUGCACGGCAAGUUCUGCGGCGCCGAGAAGCCCGAUGUCAUCACCUCGCAGUACAACAACAUGCGCAUCGAGUUCAAGUCGGACAACACCGUCUCCAAGAAGGGCUUCAAAGCGCACUUCUUCUCAGACAAGGACGAGUGCUCCAAGAACAACGGCGGCUGCCAGCACGAGUGCCUCAACUCCCUGGGCAGCUACACGUGCCAGUGCCGCAGCGGCUUCGUGCUGCACGACAACCGGCACGACUGCAAGGAAGCCGGCUGCGACCACAAGGUGACCGCCAUCUCGGGCACCAUCACGAGCCCCAACUGGCCCGACAAGUACCCCAGCAAGAAGGAGUGCACGUGGGCCAUCGCCACCACGCCAGGCCACCGCGUGCGGCUGAGCUUCACGGUGCUGGACAUUGAGGCCCAGCAGGAAUGCGCCUACGACCACCUGGAGGUGUUUGACGGGGCCGACGCGCAGGCGCCGGCGCUCGGGCGCUUCUGCGGCGCCAAGGAGCCCGCGCCGCUGCUCUCCUCCGGCGAGCGGCUCUUCCUCAAGUUCGUCUCGGACAGCUCGGUGCAGAAGAAGGGCUUCGAGGCGGCGCACGGCACGGUGUGCGGGGGCCAGGUGCGCGCCGAGGUGCAGACCAAGGACUUGUACUCGCACGCGCAGUUCGGCGACAACAACUACCCCGGCGGCGCCGACUGCGAGUGGGUGAUCAUGGCUGAGGAGGGCUACGGCGUGGAGCUCAUCUUCCAGACCUUCGAGAUCGAGGAGGAGGCCGACUGCGGCUACGACUACAUGGAGCUCUUCGACGGCUACGACGGCACGGCCCCCCGCCUCGGCCGCUACUGCGGCUCCGGGCCGCCCGAGGAGGUCUACUCGGCCGGCGACUCAGUGAUGAUCCGCUUCCACUCGGAUGACACCAUCAACAAGAAGGGCUUCCACCUGCGCUACACCAGCACCAAGUUCCAGGACACGCUGCACACGAGGAAAUGAGGGGCCCCGCGCGGCCCCGCGCCGCGUCCUGACGGCCGCCAGCAGCAG